AUGAUGAACCCCGUGGCCCGAAGGCUGCUCGGCAUUCCCGCGUUCAUCGAGACGCCGGGAGUGCUGCGCUGGGGACACAAGGGCAGGAUGCGCGUCGACACCAGGCGCGGGAGAUGGCACGAUUUCGAGUCCGACGAGAGCGGCGGUGUUGUGGACCUUGUUUCACACUGCAUGAACCUCUCGCGGCCGGAGGCCGUAAAAUGGCUGCGCGACGAGGGCUUCUUAUCAGUGCCGGACGUAUCCGUGGCAGGGCGACUCUGGGAUGACGAAUAG